CCCUCUCCGCUCGAAAAUGUUAAGCCAAAGAAUUAUGCGGAGACUUUCAGAGUAUUACACACACAACCACGCAAUCGGUUCCCCGACAGCCCUUGCGAAGCUGCUGCCAAGGCAUCCUACGAUUGCCUGAACAGACACGACUACGUCCGCGACAAAUGCCUGGACUUCUUCCAAGCGUAUCGUGAUUGCAAGAAAGCAUGGGUA